UCACGGUGAUUAUACGUUGUAGUCGCGACGUCAUAUUCCUCUCACGCCUGGAUGGCAGGCCGGCAGGAGCGGAGGCUAUAGACAUUUCAGUGGUGUUGCGGGACAUUUAAACAGCUGUCCGGAAGUGCGGGCUUUGUUAUGAGAAGCGGAACUGGUGGGCGGUAUGCACUGCCCUGACUGACAGGCGCCCCAAAUAUUGAUUCCCUACUCAACCCCAUAGACCUCUAGGAGUCACAUCCAUAACCCUUACAGUCUCCUCAGUUACCGGGGUGUUGCCUUCUAGGCACGGCUGUGAGACCCCCACAUCCCCUCUGGUUACUGGGACCGGAAGAGACUGAACCCAUGAGAGAUCCUGUGUGACAGCCACUGACUGACAGUCGCCAAGGGACCCUGCAGACCCCCAACAUGCAGGGGGAAUUGCCAACCAUGAAGGUGUCUGACAGUGAGGGCAAGGCGGACGCCACCCCCAGUCCUCUCAACCAUCGGCCUUCCAGUAGAGGAGCUGGGAGUAGCAAAGCCUGGCAAUACAGUGAUCACAUGGAGAAUAUAAGCGGCUACCUGAUGAAGUACACUAACCUGGUCACUGGUUGGCAGUUCCGAUAUUUUGUGCUGAAUAAUGAAGCUGGACUUUUAGAAUAUUUUGUUAAUGAGCAGUCCAGGAAUCAGAAGCCUAGAGGAACGUUACAGCUUGCCGGAGCAGUGAUCUCACCCAGCGAUGAAGAUUCCCACACCUUCACCGUUAAUGCUGCCAGUGGGGAACUGUACAAGCUAAGAGCAACUGAUGCCAAAGAACGCCAGCACUGGGUGAGUCGGCUACAGAUCUGCACCCAGCACCACACAGAAGCCAUUGGCAAGAACAACCCCCCGCUGAACUCCAGAAGUUUCUCGCUGGCUUCUCAGGGUAGUGGAAACUCUCCUGGCUCCCAGCGCCGGUCCAGCCAAAAUGCUGCCUCUUUCUUCAACCUUGGUCAUCACAGGAUGGUGCCAGCCAACAGAAGAGCUCUUCUGCUGCAACCAGACCACUUAGGCGAUGUGCGAGAGAUGAUAAGCAAAACCGAGAUUCAGCAAAGGGAUCUAAUGCGCAGCAUUGAGGGUCUUCCCACUGCUGGGCACCUAAGUUCCCUGGAUCAGGAUCUUCUCAUGUUGAAAGCGACAUCUAUGGCCACACUCGGCUGCCUGAAUGACUGUUUCCAAAUAUUACACCAGCAACAUAUAGCCCUGCAGAGGCACAUUCCUGCCACAGGUACAACAAUCAAUUGGCUGGAAGCAAAAAUCCCAAUACCUAAUCAUCUAAAGAAUGGGGAAGAGGUCGGUCUCACAGUGCAGGAAAGCAAAGAGCAAGAUCUUCUGAGAGAGACGCAGGUCUUAUCUGAUAGCACCCUGGCUUCUGGGGAACCUGAAGACAUAAACCCAGAGGAUGAGGUGGAGGACGGGUGUGAUCUUAAAGAAGAUGACUUGGGGGCUGUGGAGGAACAGCGAAGUGUCAUUUUGCAUCUCUUAUCCCAGCUCAAAUUGGGCAUGGACCUGACCCGGGUGGUUCUCCCCACAUUCAUCCUGGAGAAACGCUCCUUGCUAGAGAUGUAUGCUGACUUCCUGUCUCACCCAGACCUCUUCCUGUCGAUCAGCUGUGGCCUCACUCCCGAGGAGCGCAUGGUGAGAUUUGUGGAGUAUUACCUGACCUCCUUCCAUGAAGGACGUAAGGGGGCACUGGCCAAAAAGCCAUACAACCCCAUCAUUGGGGAGACAUUUCACUGCUCCUGGAGGGUACCCAAAGAUUCUCUGCAGCUUUCCACUUCCUCAGAGAAGCCCCCCAAUACACAGGAUCAGGCUCCACAUUCAGAGGACUCUAAUAAACCGGAUUGUUACACCAUUAGGUUUGUGGCUGAGCAGGUCUCCCAUCACCCUCCGGUCUCCGGGUUCUAUGCCGAAUGUCCAGAGCGACAAAUGUGUGUCAACACCCACAUUUGGACAAAGAGCAAAUUCAUGGGGAUGUCCAUUGGAGUGACCAUGAUUGGAGAAGGAGUCCUGUACUUGUUGGAGCAUGGGGAGGAGUACACAUUCACCCUUCCUUGCGCAUAUGCUCGCUCCAUUCUAACCGUGCCGUGGGUGGAACUGGGUGGGAAGGUCAACGUGAACUGUGCUAAGUCUGGUUACUCUGCAGCCAUCACCUUCCACACCAAGCCUUUCUAUGGGGGCAAGUUACACAGGGUGACCGGGGAAGUGAAGCACAAUGCCACUAACAAUGUAGUGUGUAAAGUCCAGGGCGAGUGGAACAGCAUUCUGGAAUUCACAUACAGCAGCGGGGAAACCAAAUCUAUUGACUUGACCAAAUUGCCCAUAACGAGGAAAUUGGUGCGUCCUUUAGAGAAGCAGGGCCCGUUCGAGUCCAGGCGUCUGUGGAAAAAUGUCACAGAGUCUUUGAGUGCAAAAGAUAUAGAAACAGCAACAGAGCACAAGCGAGCCCUGGAGGAGAGACAGAGAGCAGAGGAGCGACUCCGGGCAGAGACCGAGACUCCAUGGAUCACAAAACACUUCAAACAAGAGGGAGAGGGAUGGUUCUACAACCAGCCCCUGUGGAAAAGCUCGGACUCUGGACAAUAAAGGCUUUUCCUGCCAUUGCUAGAUGUUUGUACCCAGUGCCCUGACCAGCCAGGAUAUGGAGAUUUCCCUGAGGGUGUCCAUCAACAAACUGGGGAACAAAUCAGCUUCUGGGAGUCAGGCAAAAUCUCUGCUCAGUGUUACUUGUCUUCUCUGCCCCACUCUGGAACUUCCUCUACUAACCCCUGAUACUCCCUCAAUUCACUCAGGACUCUGCAAGCAAUUCCUACUCUGUACUUGCAGUAAUAAAUCUUCUAAUGACCGUUUCAUUACUGGCUGGGCCGGAACGUUAUGCAGUAUUAUAUCAUUCAUUCAUUCUGUAUGCUAAGAGAGCUUAGAGAUCUUUCAACCACCCCCCACCUAUACUCCUGUGGUGCUGCCCGUGGCAUGUCAAAGAAAUCAAGAUGAUGCUGCAGUCGCCCAUGAUUCUGAAGCCAAAUCCAGCGUCUCAUGUACCACUAACAAGCCAGGCUCAAGUGAAUUGAGGUGAACUCCCAGGGUUUCUGUGCAAGGAGGGAUCUGCUGAAGUAGAAAGUGAUGAAUAUAGAAAGUGAAUAGGAAAAAAGUCUAAAGCCAGUUUCUUUAAUUCACUUUCUGUGCACCCAGAUAGAAGUUUCAGUCCCAAACAUGGAGACAGAACAAAAAGAUUCAGCCACAAAGUUAAAGUGAUGUCACAUUAUUUGUGGGUUAAACUUCUCAAUUAUGGGAAACCCAUGGCCAUAGGGGCCCAUCACUUUAAUAAGCAAACGGGCAGUAGGUUAAGAUGGCUGUUGUUGAAGGAAUGAACCAGUCUAUGCAGAGGGGAGCGGAAAUCAGGGAUGAGACAAAUAAGAAUGUGUUUAUAAUGGGUUUGAUGGGGGCGGGGGGUUGCUGUUGUACACCUGUAGUGCAGUUCAGCAAUAGGAAAUGCAGUGUAAGAUAACUUUUUCAGACAACUGCUAAUCCAGCACAAUGCCAUAUGGCAACUCCUUUAAAUCUGCUAUUCUGUUAACCAGACGUUCCACAGCAAGUAUGCCACAGAACCCACCCAAAAAAAUUCAGGUAGAAACAACCAUGUCCUCUUUCUGCACAGUUUUUACAUAAUGAGCCUUUUAGGAUUGCUGGCAAUGAUGGACAUGCUGUAGAGAAUCUGCCCCCUUCUGUACAUUAAGCUGUACAUUACUAAGAGUGGUGCCUUACUCUCUCCUCUUCUCUGUGUUGUCUUCCAAGCAGUGUGUUCAAAUGCAGCUCCACCAUCUCUACCCCCUGGACCCCCAUUUCUCAUUGUGAUUAACAGACAUGAUACAGGUUGUGUCCUACUGUGAACGUAACUUUUUUAUAAAUGGUGGCGUGGGGGUGUGUCUAUGUGUAAGGGCCAGGGAUAUGUUAAUAUGGUAGGAGGGCCUAUCUGCCCCAUGCACACCUUUAUCUUUUUGUGACCUGCACUGAGAGCAGAUUCCUGCUAAAAAUAUUGGGGGGGGACAAUAAAUUAUCCAUAAUGGA